CUACUCAUCAUAUAACGGGCGGCACGUUGUAAUAUUUUCAGGCGUCAGCCGUCUACGUGGCUGGCUGACGCAUUUAGUUAUUUUUCCCAAAUUCCAAUGAGCGAUCAAGUGGUCGAUUUUUUUACGGGAUAUGUAGACUUGUUUCUAUGAGUUGGCAAGUAGAAUACUUUUAUUUAAGGUUUAUUUGAUUAUCUGAAAUACCUAAAUAUUCUUAAUUAUAUUCACAUUUUAACUAAUGCAUUUAACUUGAUUUUGGAUGGAGUUUCUUGCGCUAGUCUGCUACGAAACUUCUAGAGCUGUGGGCCAUUGUCGCUUGCAGUCGCAGCCGCUACUUUGAAUCAAUUCCUUUUCAAGUAGGCCUAGUAGGCAAAAGGAAGCUGCAAGCCGAAACGUUGCUGCAGGCUACAAAAAUGCCAAGUAAUGAAGUGAAGCAAAGGAAGAAGACCACGGCUCAGAAACAAAAUGACGAACCGGUAGAAACGUCAAAGUACACUUCCGAAGAUGAAGCAAAAAAAGCUAAAGCUACCGAAGGAAAUAGCUUGGCUGAAACUAAAAGCUCCUCGCCGUCCUCCCUGGAUGUGAAAACGAUAACUUGUCUAUUGUCACUGAUAGUUUGCAUAGUGCUUACAUGGGUGGUAUUGCAGCAGAAUGCAAGAUUCUUCGACGUGGAAGAAAAGUGCAAACUACUGUCUGGGAAGACUGCAAGUCUCCUUGAAAUGGAGGAGGAAGUCAUCAAGGUGUCCAAGAAGUGCGAGGGUGUCCAGAGCCUGUUGGAGCAUCUAGAGAGGGAGCCUGGUGGUAUCCUGCCCCACUUGGAGGCCCUGGAGCGGGAUGUAAGCCAGCUGAAGGACUGGGCGUCCGGCCUAACGGAGAAACGCGGCCUGCUCCAGGACAGCGUGGCAGCACUGACCGAGGCUGUGGGACAAAUCGAGGGACGCACCUCUGCUAUCACUAAGGAUGUCAACACUAAGGUGGCGUCGGUCCGGACAGACGUGCGUCGGAUGGAUGGGCUCCAGUCGGAGGUGGAGUCUCUCCUGGAGAAGGUACAGGAGCUGGAGGAGCGGGCCGCCCAGGCCGAACGCAGCAUGGUCAAACGUAUCGGCGACCUGCUGGCCGGCAGCAUCGACCGCAUCCAGGGCCUCAAGGGCGCCACGGAGCGCAACGCCCAAGCCCUGGAGCAGCUCAAACAUCGCCUACCUGAGCUGUUCGUCAACGACCAGCAGAUCUCGGAGCGCCUGAGGGAGCUGGAAAGCGGCCGUGCCCGAUUGGUCCGCACGGUGACUUUUGCCGGCGACCUCAAGCCCAAGGUGGCGGCCAUCAAGCGGGACUUCGGGGCACUGGCUCCGCAGGUGGAUGAGCUGACCCUGAGGAUCGGCCGUCUGGCCGAGGAUCUGACCAGGAGGGAGGAGGACAUCGCAGAGCUACGGCAGACGUUCUCUAACCUCAGCGCUGUGGAGGAGGACCUAGGAGUUGUGACACAGCAGUUGAGUCAGAUAGUUGAGCCUGAGAUGCCCGUAGUGGGAGGAGAGAUGCUUUUGCAGAAAGUCAACGUGAGCGAAGCCCUCCCUCAGACACUGGAAGGAGAGCUGUGAAUGAGUGCUUUUCUAUAUGCUAUAGAUCUACAGAGUAAAUGGCAAACUUUCAGCUUGUCACCAAUCAUUCCCUUACAAUAACUUGCACGUUUUUGUAAAUCUCAGUUUGCUGAUCCUAGGGGUUAGGUUGAGACUAACUGGGCCUUUUGUCUAGAAUGCUGACUAACGUAUGUUACUUUACAAAUUGUAUCCUUGAAUGAACCUGUCAUAUGAGUAGGUUGGCGUUUAUUGCGAUGAAUCUUGUCCUGGAGGCAGAGCUGAGCAAUUUCCUCUGUGUCCUAGGAGACUGGAAUGUUAUUUUAUUUUUUUGAAAAAUGGCAUCAAUCAUGGUGAAUGAGAGGUCUUGCUGGUCCACAGUUUUGGAAUGUGAGUAGUCUCUUGAACAGUUUCCCCCUUAUCAGUUGUAUUCUCAGGCUAAGGGGCCUGUUCAGGAGGAAUGUUUUGCUACAAUAUGAUUCUGUACAAUAGGGAAUGAUGAUGUCAGCGCUAUACAUUCUACCUGCAAUGUUCUCAAUAGUUCACAGUGCUGAAUACAUGCUCUGGGGUUCCACAUGGCUAGCUAGUUCUGCUAGUUUUUGCAUCUCUCUGCCAUCAAUCAAAUCGAAAUGAGUCUGUGGUUUAAAGGUAUAGGGACCUAAAAUAGAAUACUGAACGCUGCUGGUGUAAACAAUCUGUUGCCAGGAGUUUAUUCAAUGGGGCUGACUGCAGAGCAAUGCAGAUAGAAAUGUGUGCCAUAGAGCUGUGAUUCAUGUCUAAGAGUUGUUUCUGUUCUGUUUAACAUUUUUAUCUGCAACAUUGCUGACGUUGCACUCCUCUGAUAAAAAAAAAACAACAACCUUGGGCUUAUUCAGUGGGUUACCAUAUGUUCCGAUGGAAAAUAUAUUGUGUAGAACAGACAUCACGAUCAUGUAGGAUAGGGAAGCAUGCUAAUCUAUUGAUUUAUAGGGCUACUCUGCUGUUUUACAGGAAAUAUACGUCUGAAGGAGGAAGUAUGUAUCGGAGCUGAACAAUGAGCUGCCAAUCACCAAAGGCCAAUAUCCAACCCGAGAGCCAAUCACAACUUGUUUAACAUGCACAUUGGCAUGUCAUCUCUAAAGAUAGAGUUGAACCUACACAGACCUGGAAUCGCUCAAAUGAAAACCAGACAUUAGGACGCAGAUUGCAGCUGGUCUUUGGGUAAAGAGUGUGGACACCAUACCACUGUUUUAACUAAAGCUAAUUACAUGUACAGAUCACACCACAUGUAUUUACAGUAGCCAUUCCUUCAAACUGUCGCAACCCCAUUGUAGUGGUGUUAGGACACUGCAGAGAUCGUGUUUUAAAGCCUUGGAUAUGUUCUUCGUGUGAGGGUUGUGCUUAAUAAAUUAUGUCAAUUUGAA